AUGGCUGAAAACGAGGUUGAUCUGGACUCCAUUAUAGACCGGCUGCUCGAGGUCCGCGGCAGUAGACCUGGAAAGCAGGUGCAGCUGCUCGAAACGGAAAUUCGCUUUCUGUGCACCAAGGCACGCGAGAUCUUCAUCUCACAACCGAUUCUGCUCGAACUCGAGGCGCCCAUCAAGAUUUGCGGAGAUAUCCAUGGCCAGUACUACGAUCUACUGCGACUGUUCGAAUAUGGCGGUUUCCCACCAGAGGCCAACUACCUCUUCCUCGGCGACUACGUGGAUCGUGGCAAGCAAUCACUCGAGACGAUUUGCCUGUUGCUCGCCUACAAGAUCAAGUACCCCGAAAACUUCUUUGUCCUUCGCGGAAACCAUGAAUGCGCCUCAAUCAACCGCAUCUACGGCUUUUACGACGAGUGCAAGCGGAGGUACAACAUCAAGCUAUGGAAGACGUUUACUGAUUGCUUCAAUUGCCUGCCCAUUGCCGCCAUCAUUGACGAAAAAAUCUUCACCAUGCACGGAGGUCUCAGCCCUGACCUGAACUCGAUGGAGCAAAUCAGGCGCGUGAUGCGUCCCACAGAUGUAAGCGCCAUGGCGGUCGACCGUGUUGCCUGUGGAGUGGCUGUGUUCUUUGCAAGUGCUAACUCUCUGCAGAUUCCCGACUGUGGUUUGCUCUGCGAUCUCCUGUGGUCCGAUCCCGACAAGGACAUUACGGGUUGGAGCGAAAACGACCGAGGUGUGAGCUUCACAUUCGGCCCAGACGUCGUAUCUCGGUUCCUGCAAAAACACGACAUGGACCUGAUCUGCCGUGCCCAUCAAGUCGUCGAGGAUGGAUACGAGUUCUUCUCGAAGCGCCAGCUCGUUACCCUGUUCAGCGCACCAAACUACUGUGGUGAAUUCGACAAUGCGGGCGCGAUGAUGAGUGUGGAUGAGAGUCUACUAUGCUCCUUCCAGAUUUUGAAACCUGCAGAGAAGAAGCAAAAGUACGUGGUCGCGUCCCUGAUAAGCCGUCGUGGUCGUGACGUCGAUCACCUGGAGGCAGAUGGAGAACAACGACUGACAUCUUGUGUAGUAGAUUUGGGCGCCGUUAGGCGAUGGCACGUUGCGAAGCAGUCCGCGAGCUCCAACGCCGAUUCAGCCCCGACACUCGAUCUCGUUCAUCACCGCCCAACUACCCAGAUACCUUUCGACAUUUGUACAAACCGAUCCCUUAUCUCUGUAUUCGACUACCGUUACGCGCCGACCAUGACGAAUUACUCGAUGAAGCCUGACCGUCCCAUUGAUCUGAUGGUAUGA